GUUACAGUGCAUUUCUGGCGCCAUCCAACAGGAAAUGGGUUCUUCUCAGGAGGCCAUGAGCAAGCUGAGGGUGGGGAGGACGACCGAGUAUCGAAUGGGCACCGACACGAGGCUGCUCACCAUCGACAAUGGCGCGACAAAGCUUUUCGUGCUUUGCACCGAACGGUUUGAAUCUGCCCUGGCCUUCCGUUCUGGGGACUUCUCCAUGCACAUGAUUAGGGUUAAGGGAAGCCCCAUGGCCAUGGUCAUCUGCAUGGUGGGGGACCAUCAAUGGAUGCUUGCAAAGGACUCGCUUGUGCUCCAUAUUGAGGCUCGGAUGUUCGUAUUCGUCUUGCCAGGUUUCCUCUAUGGGCUUGCAUUGCCGAACACUGCUUCUGACCACGAAUCCAGGAUUGUUGAAGAGAUUUUCAAGAGGUUCUGCGCAUACCGAGACCUCGCAGUAAAGGAAGGUUGCGAAUCGGGUGGCGACUCGAAAUCCGAGACAGAUCCGUGGGCCCGGGCCUACUCCAAGAUGGAAAAGUUCACGUCCGGAGAGACCGUCGCCGCCGCCGCUAACUCGGCCAAAACCCCACCGGAAGCCACCGCCGGCUCCAACACGAGGAGGAAGCUCCAGCGGGCGGUGAGGACGUCGGCCGUCGUGAAGCUCCUCUCCCGGGCACUCCUCGCAGGCGCGCUGGACCCCACCAAGCAUCUCCACCUGGCCGCCGCCGCCGCGGCCGGCGGCGCCGCCCUUCCGACGAUGUGGGCCCUGGCGGACCUCCUGGACGCCGUCGAGGCGGGCCCCCAGAGGAUCGAGGCCCUGCCGAUCGGCCAGCGGGGCCUGCAGGGGAGCAGCGGGUGCUGGACGCUGAACCGGGAGGGGGCCAGGCGGCUGCUGCAGGUCGUAUGGGCGUGUGGUAAGACCGGGGGGAGGAAGAGGACACGUGUCGAAGCUAUAAAGGAGGAGGACGAGGAGGACAGCAACGGGGGGAGCAACGGUAUAACGGGUAGUAACGGUCGGUGCCGUGGCGGGAAAGCAGAAGAGGGAGGCAAUAAGAUGGUCGCUUGA